AUGCUGCUGAUAUCCACUUCACUUUGGAACGCUGCCAACCCGGUGUGCCUGGUUCCCGAUCUCGACCAUCGCGCUUAUCAUUCGAUGAAGGAUCUUCCAUUCCUCGACGAUAACGGCCCCGAGGUAUCCGAGCGAAUUAAUUGCAUCGAAGCGUAUGCGACCCAGGCCCAACACAUCCGUUUCUGCGCUGGUGCAGCAGAGUUAUACUUCUCCGGCUCGCAUAGGUAUACCGAGCAGGCGGAACCUCUAGAGAACCAGAUUGCGCAGACUCAGACCAUAAUGGAAAAAGCAGAGCCCGGCAGCAGGCAAGGCAUCUGCCCGACUUCCAGAUUCUCCAUCUCGACAAGCAGAGGUCAGCAGGCGCCGAGGAUCUCCACGAUUGGACACUUGACUUGCGGUGCUACUGGGUGCUCCUCAAAGCGUCGUGGCUACAGUUCCUCGCGGCCCCAAAACCCGAGCAGUUCGACCUCAGCACCCAGCCGCGACCAAAGUGGAGGUAUAUUGAAGUGA